AUGAAUGAUAUCGAAUAUACAAAUCGGCAAAUUGAUAUUCCUCACAAUCCGUUAUCGACAAGUACAAGACCUCGACGAUCACAACGUAAACGAGUUAGUCCCAGUCUCGAACCUCGAUCCCUGACAACUAUAGUCGAUUCGAAGUCUCAAUCAACGGCUGUUGAUCAAGCAAUUAUGAUCAACAAUCAACUUUUGACGCCAAAUAUUGUUGCUCAACAAAAACUCGGCCUAUCCGACAGUUUGAACAAUGCUAGUUCAGAUACUGAUGCACCUUCGUCGAACUUCUCCUAUAAGAAGAACCAUUCGACAUCCGAUCUCGAUCCAUUCGAGCGCCGCAAACAAGCAGCCUUGCUUAAAGCGGAAGCUAAGUUAGAAAAAGCCAAACGUCUGCAUCAGAUUGCUCAACAAAACGUUGAUCGAAUGGUAGAUGAACUUCUCCGUCAAACAACAAUUCCCGGAGGUUCACACGAUUCGAAAACAUCGAAAGAUUCUUUUGAUAAAUGUGUCAGUAAAUUAGAAGAUACAAAAAAGCAAUUGGCAAAGAAAAUCUCAGACUAUCAAAGUGACAUUGCUCGUAUUCGUGCUGGUGAUAUACCUAAACGUUAUGUGCCACACGAUAUUUUAAGUUCUCUGAAGAGCAAAGUCUCCAACGAUAAUAUCGAACAUCAUUCAACAAACGAGACAUCAACACCGAUCGCCAAUGAACACUCCAAUUCAACACAGCAUUUAGACACUGAUAAUCAGACAUUGCUUCCAUUGUCAUCGAUAAGUCAUAAUACACUAACGGCGAACAAUCUCACCAACCAAAAUCAGAAUUUAUUAUCGUUAAGCCAAAAUAGUAACACACUGGAACCAUUUCGAUCCUCUCCAUCAAGUUCCAUAUCCAAUGAAAUUGGAAAUUCACAAUUCUAUAUCGAUUUCAACCCUGAGAGCCACGAUACAGAAAAAUCACCUUUCACCAGACGACGUUACACUGAUAAUUCAAAUGCUGAAUCGAAUGAUCGAAUCUCGGAUCAUUCCAGUGACGAACGUUUUGUCAGUCAAAAUUCAUCUAAACGAAAUACUAUGUCCACAAUUGAAUAUCAUCAACUGCUGUUGAAAAUUGAUUUGAUGCAGAAGACAGUCGAUCGUUAUGAGAAUCGAAUGACAGAAUUGCAAAAGCAAAUAGAUUCACUGAUCGAUUUGAAUGAAAAUCAACGCCAACAGAACGAACACUUAAGUAACGAAAUCACAGACUUAACAACUCUGCAUCAACAUGAAAUGCCUACUGUGAAGAAUGAUUUGAAGAAAUUAGAGGAGAAACUUCUAUACAAUUUCAAUGAAUACUGGUCGGAAAUGGUCGAGAAAUUAGAUAAACUUGAAACACGAACGACGAAAGUUGAACAAACUCAAGCACAUUCGCUUGAAACAGAAGAAAAUACCCAUCGAUUGAUUAGUAAAUUUGUUAACAUUCUCCUGACAGUUUUUGCCAUUAUUCUUCUUUUAUUAUCCACAAUUAAAAAUCUUGUCCAAUCACGUGUACAUGCAGUCAUUCUAUUUAUCCUCGUUUCUAUCUGGAUCACAUGCCACUAUCUACCUGAGAAUUAUUUCCAACGGUCCUACUUCCGAGAAUUACCCAAUAUCUUCAAGCGAACAUCAUUUUCAAACCAAACUGUCAUGGUAUCAAGUCUACUUGCUCGUUGCAUCAUCGUAACAAUCGGUACACUUUAUCCUGGUUAUCGAUCGUACAAAUCACUAAUUACUUCAGAUUUACGUGCAGUGGUUGAUUGUCUUCGAUAUUGGAUUGUCUUUUCCAUAUUUAUCGCAUGUGAAACAGUUACUGAUAUAGUUCUCUCAUGGUUUCCGUUCUAUUACUGGAUUAAAAUUGCAAUCGUCUUUUGGAUUGUUUCACCGGCGGGCUCAACAUUUUUGUAUAAACGUUUUAUUCAACCAUUACUUAAAGAACGCGAACAAGAAAUCGAUCAAUUGAUUGAACAUACGAGACAAAAAAGCUAUUCCGCAAUCCUUGAUCUAACAAAUAAAGGUUUUCGAUAUGCAUCAAAUGUAUUUUUAAAUACUGCUGUAUUGGGUCAGACGUAUCUUGGCGAACAUCUCAAACGAUCAUUGAGUACAAGCGAUAUUAGCAAUAGCGGAGCAAAGAAUGUCAACAAUCCACCCGCAACAUUGUACGAAGAAAGUGAAGAAGAUGUCGAAUUUACUAGUCGAUUGAAAGAAGAUCAAAAAUAUCUAUCCAAGGGAACAACUCGCAAACCAUUAUCACAUUAUCAAGAGAAACCAGAUGAUUUUUCCGACAAUCCAUUAGACGAAUAUGAAAUGUCAAAGGUUAUGUCUCGUCGAGGACGAUCAGCAAAUAAAACAAAUUCUAGUGAAAACCAUGUCGAAACCACUUCUAAACGACAAGUAAAAUCAACCAACACAACGAAACGAUCAGCCGUCGCGAAAACAGGCGCUUCACUUGAACGUGCUGUGAACAGUUCCAAUGAUACUGAUGACGAAGUCGAAAAUAUGCGCAAAAGAACUUAA